GUUGGUCAAUCUCGAGCUGAAAAUAUAUCAUCUGAUUUUAUAAAUGGAAACCUUCCGAACCAAUCCGGGAUGCAUCGAACCGAGCCUUUCUAGGGAUCCCCACACUGCUACAACCUUCCUAUCGACAAUGGCGCAGAACAUUAACAUUCGUUCAGCGUUCAAGGUCAUAGAGGUCCGCAGCCGUCGACGGGCGGUCAUAUCAACGAACUCGCCAGUGGAAUGAACCAAUCUUCGCCGAGUAGCACCGCUCAGGUUUGUCUCGCGUUGUCUGUUCUUUCGCUUGCUUUCUCUGCUUUGAUUGUCCUUGUUCCACGCGCGGAUGAUGCACAAUACAGCCCUUCAGCCCAAGCGAAUUUCUCCUCGUCUGCAUCGGCUUCACGCAUACCUGUGCAGCCGGCAUACUCGAGUACCUUGACAUCCUAUGAGAGUGCUGCUGCCGCUGCAUCCACUCCGAGCCAAGCGCAUCCCCACCAACAUCCUCAGACACAACACCAACCCCAACAGCAGCCGCAAUUGCAGCAGGCUUACCAGCAUUCUGGAGUACCAGCUCCAGUAUACUCUAAUCCGCCAGUGUUCUUCCAACAUCAACAUCCACCACCUGGUCCAGCACCUCCACAACAUCAAUCCAGCUCUAGCACCGGCAGUCCCGUUCAAAGCAGCAGUUCUCCCACGAAACGCAAGUACGAUGACUCGCAAACUGACGAAUUUGGUACGCCGAAAGGUGGGACCAAGACAGUACGAAAGCGUCGCUUGCGUGUUAAUCUCGCCGGCAAUAGUGGCACGGAUGAGAUAAAGGAUGAUGUUGUUGUUGGAAGUUCCCCUGUCAUCAGAGAGGGACGGGGAGAAGGAGGUGGCGCCAAGCACUGGACAGACGAGGAAAAGGGCAAACUUUUUGCAUGGAUGCUAGGAUCGGAUGACAACUGGGCUGCGUUUGCUAAUCAAAUGAACAGUGUGUUUCGUGAGGCAUCUCAAGUUCUCUUCAACAAUACAAAGUCCUUCACAGCACUGAAGAGCUGUUAUCAUCGGAACGUAGAAACGUUCAAGCAAAUAUCCGCGUUCACGCAGUUCCUUGCAUCCUCACUUUCCUCGACCGGUGCCCCAGAAACUCCCGUCUCAACGUCGUCUGCAGACCCCAAUAAUACUGCCGCAAGUCAAGAUAUUCUGUCUGCCCCUAUACCCCCGUCGUUCCAAUCCGGUAUUCACCGCCAAACAUUCUUAGAGCGAAAGCUUGAAGCAGGACGUUCAGUUGCUGGUAUACCGGUCGCAAAUCUCAACAUCAAGGUUGUCGAUCAUUGGUAUCGGCUAGGUUGGUAUGAGUUGUUCCGCAGAAGAUAUAGAUAUGAUCCCGUACAGAAUGCCGUUGUUCCAUACCAUGGACCGGACCCUUUGCCUCCUGACCCACUCUCACAUAUCUUCCCCCAACCCUCAUUGAACCUUCCUCUUCCAACAUUGACGUCUGGUCCAUCUCCACAAACCCAGCCCCAAGCUUCGGGUUCUGCUGACCAGCUGGAUCCCUCACUUGCCGAUAGGGGCGGAGAGUACCAUCAGCUAAAUAAUAGCAGUAUAGACGGUCAAGGUGAGGAUGAGGAGGCAAUGCACGAUGAUGACGACGACGAGCAAGAGGGUGAGAGUCAGGCACGAGAUGAUGGCAGAGCAGCCAACACUCGGGAACAACCUCAUGCUUCUACAUCCUCAUCCCAAAUCCAACAUACGGCCCCUGCAUCUCAGCCUCAACCACAACUUGUCAACGGACAAUUAGCACAUCGGCCUGGUCCGCCACCCGCUCUGAGCUACGCGUACCCUGGCUAUGUUCAUCCUGCGGAUCCGAACGGCCAUGCACAAUAUUACGCCGCAUAUAAGCCCUCACCGUACCCUCCUCCAUUACCUCAACCUUCUCCGUCCCAAAUGCAGGCUACACAACAAUCCCUUUCCCACUUGGCUUCGCUUACCCAAACUCUCAUUACUUCAUGUAACACUCUGACAGAACUUCUAAGGGCGCAAGUGGAAGAUGGGAAGGCGCUGCGGGAGCUGUUACGGAGACAGGAGGAACGUGAGUUGAGAAGGGAAGAGUCAGCGAAGGCAGGUGGCUCUUUGCCUGGGACUGAAGGUCUUCAAGGGAAGGAGAAAGCUGCGUUCGCUAAGGAGAUGUUGUCUUCGCCUGGGUGCAGUGAGGAGCUGAAGCAGGUUGCUGCAGAUUACUUGAAGCGGAUUUUCAAGUGAAUUUAUAUUUCUUAUUCCGUGGACUAGUGAUUUAUGGAUAAUGUACAACUAAUAAAUUGGCCUUUCCUGUCUCCUCACGGAUCGUGUGUCUCGAUUGUCCCUUCUUCGACCAAAUUGAGCUGUCGCGCGCGGACGUUGAACUUCGUUGGUGUUUUCGACUGGCGAUGGCAGCGUUUCACUCUGAUUCCU